UUUUCAGUCACCGCUCAGAGCCGCACGAGCGACCGGAAGCGGUGUCCAAACGGUUAACGGGGCUUCUCACGUCCGGAAACGUUUGCUAAUCGCCCGCGAAAGGCGACAAAGCGGCUGCUCGAGCCGUUAGCUGCUAACCGGCGCUGCGGAGGAGUCACGUCGGACGGUCCCAGGUGGCUCGUCCUCCUGCACAGGUGGAAGCUCACCUGAGCCAGCAGUCAUGAAGGAGGAGGAGCUUCAGGAGCUGAAGAGGAAGCUGGAGGAGGAAGAGCUGACACAGGAUCAGAGAAUCCGCCUCCUGAACAGCAGCUUAAACAAGGCUCUGAACUUGGCGGCUCUACAGACCGACGGCGGCGCCGCGUCGACCCUCCUGAAGUCUCGGUUGUACCUCAGCGGCGUCCUGAGCCACUGCGUCGCCGCUCUGAGGCCCGGACGGCUGCAGGAGAGCUGGAGCGCCGCCGCCACGCUGGCACAGCUCACCUGCUGCUGCUGCGUCGGCGUCCAGCCCGGCCGACACUCGGAGGCCUUUCAUAGGCUGUUCCUGCCGUCAGUCGUGGACGCUCUCCUCUCAUUGGCCGGUCAGCUGAUGAGGCGAGCGGAGCGCUGCUCUCUGUUCAGGACGCUGAUGGACUCGGUCGGCCGGCUGCUGUCUGCUCACGCUCAGCUCAGCGCUCACGUUAUAAGCUCCGCCCACUACGAGCAGAUCCAGAUGUGCGAUGACGUCGCCGUGACGCUGCUGUGUGUCCAGAUGUGGAUCCAGAUCUGCACAACCAGCAGGAACUUCCUGUCAGAGCUGAGCGAUGACUCCGCCCUCUUGUUGCUCAACGAGGCCGUCGGCCAAUUAGCUCUCAGCUCUGACUCCACGGUGGGUGGAGCCUCCAUCAGACUGAUCCUCCUCAUGGCCAAUCAGCUGAAGCUCCGCCUUCAGCCCCUCCUACUGAGCUUCAGAGGUCUGGACAGCCUCCUGGACAAGGACUGGAGGGGGCGGGGCUUUGACCAGGAUGUGGAUCAGCUGAUCGCACUCGUCCAAUCGGGGCAGGGCGUGCUGAUGAGUGGCUCUCAGGUGAGCACUGAGCAUGUGCAGGCGGCGUGCGUCAUCCAGGCGGCGUGGCGUUCGUAUCGAACCCGGCGCCGAGUCAAGAGUCUGAGCCGAGCCGUCAGCACGCUGCAGAGGAGAUACCGAGCUCGUCGGCGGCGGCAGCAGCAGCAGACGGAGGCUCGGCGAUGGGAGGAGGAGCUCAGCUACCAGGUGUUCGUGAGGCGGCAGCAGGCCAGGAGGAGGUUUCACCAGAAGCAGCGCCGGCUGCUGCAGCUGCUUCCAGCCGACCAGGUGCAGUCGUACCUGCAGGAGGUGGAGCGUCGGGCAGCCGUGGUGAUCCAGAGCUUCUGGAGAGGCUUCAGAGAGCGACGCCGCUACCAGGACACACAGCGACACACACUGAGACAGACACAAAAACGACAGCAGGCCGCCAUGACGCUACAGACAGCGGUAUGCCCACCUGUACCUACCUAG